AUGGCGCACGACACUCCACCAUUUUACGUGUCCAAUACUCGGCAAUUGCAAGGUUUUCUAAGCCUGAAGAAAAUCGAACGACUACGUCUCUGUGUGGAGAUUACGGAGAACAGAGCAAGCGAGAAGAGUAAAACAUUUUUGCGUCUUAGCUCAGAAGCAGAAGCAGAAGCUUCAGUAGUUGAGUCCAGAGACGAAAAUUACAGUGGGAGUUACGAUGGUUGUAGUUUGGAGAAGGAACAAGAGGACAAUGAGAAUGACUGCUUUAACGGUGCGUCAUCUGAAGAUGAUAACUUCAGCUCAUAUGGUGAGUCUCCUACAGAUGACGAAGAUUCACCAACGCUAACUCCCAAAAAGAGAUAUCAGAACUUCUCGGUGAGCAGAUCUAAAGGGAAUCUGGAGGUUCUAAGUUUGGAUAUGUCGUCGAUAGACAUUGCGGUAGGUCAACGUUACGAUAGUAAAGACGAUUUGGAGAGACGACUUAAACUUCUUACAAUGAGGGAAAUCGAUGAGGGAACACCUGAGUGUGGGUUUGAAAGCUUGCCUUCUUACUUAUACAUGAUAAGAAGGGCAAAUCCAAGUACAGUUACGCAUCUUCAAAUCGAUGAGCUUGGAAGAUUCAUGUAUGUGUUUCUUGCCUUUGGUGCGAGCGUUAAUGGGUUUCCUUUCAUAAGCAAAGUUGUUGUAGUCGACGGUACGUUUCUCAUUGGUAAAUACAAAGGGACACUACUCACAGCACUAGCUCAGGACGGUAACUUCCAGAUUUUUCCAAUAGCCUUCGCAGUGGUUGACACAGAAAAUGAUGAUUCGUGGCAUUGUUUUUUUAUGCAACUAAAACUUCUGAUUCCUGACGACGAGGGUCUUGCGAUAAUCUCGGACAGGCAUAACUCGAUAGGGAAAGCAAUUAGAAAUGUGUAUCCGUUGGCUGCUCGGGGAAUAUGCACCUACCAUUUAUAUAAGAACAUAUUGGGACGGUACAAAGGAAAAGAAACAUUCCGUCUAGUGAAGAAAGCGGCAAGAUGUUUUAGGAUGUCUGACUUUACUGCGAUUUUCGAGGAGAUUGAAGCGAUUCAUCCUGCCCUCCACGGCUACCUCCAAAGAGCUGAUGUCCGCCUGUGGACGCGUGUUCAUUUCCCGGGCGAGAGGUACAAUUUGAUGACUACAAACAUAGCGGAAUCAAUGAACAGACCAUUGUCGCAUGCAAGAGGUCUAAACAUUGUUCGAAUAUUAGAAUCGAUACGGGUUAUGCUGACCAGAUGGUUUGCUGAACAGAGAGAGGAUGCCAGAUCGCAGCCAACAACGCUUACGCGUGGUGUCGAGAAACUACUACAUGGUCGUGUAACUGCCGCCAGAGAAUUGACGGUCCAAAGGAUUGAUGAUCAUCACACUGAAGUUAAAUAUGGAUCUUUUAGCGAGUCUUUGAAUGUUGUUAAUUUGGUAGAGCGAAAGUGCACAUGUCGGCGUUUCGAACGUGAGAAAUUACCAUGUGUACACGCAAUCACAGCUGCGGAGUACAACAAUGUUUGUCGUAUAUCCAUGUGCAGUCCGUACUAUAACAGUGAAUAUUUGGUGAGCGCAUACGCUGAAUCUAUCAUGCCGGCUGACGAAGCGCAACCUAUUCCAGAAAUCGUGGCAGACCAACCGUGCUUGCCCCCGUAUAUUCGUCAACAACCAGGAAGACCUAAGAUAGAACACACACGUUCUCGAUGUAGAGAGAGUGGCCAUAAUGCGAAAACUUGUCAUAUGUAA